AUGGGUGUGGUGAAAAUGAAAAGUCUCGCUAGAAGUUAUGUAUGGUGGCCUGGCCUUGACAACCAAAUUGAAACUCUGGUCAAAACAUGCACAGGUUGCCACCACACUCAGCGCCAACCUCAGAUUGCACCCGUUCACACUUGGGAAUGGCCAGUUGCCCCAUGGCAACGCCUUCAUAUCGACUACGCUGGACCUUUCUUGGAUCACAUGUUCCUUAUUGUGGUCGACGCUCAUUCCAAGUGGCCCGAGGUUUUCACUGUGAAGAAAGCAACUUCAACUGUAACAGUGAACCUAUUACAGAUGCUUUUUGCUCGCACUGGAUACCCGCUACAACUUGUAAGUGACAAUGGUACCCAGUUUACCAGUGAGGAGUUCCAAACUUUCCUGAAAAUCAACGGGAUUAAACACUUCACAUCUGCUCCUCACCAUCCGGCAACUAAUGGACUAGCUGAACGGUUUGUACAAACCUUUAAACAGUCCAUGAAAGCAAGUAGAAAGGAGGAAGUGCCACUGCAGCAGAAAAUUGCCAACUUUCUGCUGGCGUACAGAAACACUCCACACACUACAACUGGACAGUCACCGUCAAUGUUGUUUAUGGGAAGAAACUUGAGAUCUCGCUUGGAUCUAGUGAAACCGGACAUUCAAAAACAGGUGUCAAACAAACAAUGUUCACCCAUUCAACAACAAAGGAAACUGAGAUCAUUUGACGUUGGACAAAAAGUACUGGCAAGAGACUAUCGCAGCCAGAGUGACAAAUGGCAACAAGCAGAAAUCUUGUCACAAACUGGACCGCUGUCACACACUGUGAGUGUGGAACCCAAUGUCGUCUGGCGCAGACAUGUUGAUCAACUUCUUGAUGCUUCACCUGGAAAGGUGACUGGUCAAACUGGGACAUCUGCUGUUCUACCGAAUCUAGGGGACAGUACUACAACACCGGACAUGACAACUGUGGAAAAUAUGCUUACACCAGAGGCAGUGAACAUACCUCAACCAACGACAAACCUGCCUGAUCCAUUGGAACGCAGAUAUCCGGAGAGGGUUCGCAAACCUCCGGACAGACUUGAUUUAUAA